GGCUGGUUAGUUUUGACCCUGCUGCUUGUGCUAUGAAAAAAUCGAUCUUAAUUGGCAGCCAUUUAGUCUUUUAUAUCUGUCAAGCCCCUGUUUUGAACUGUGGUCAUUAAAUGAAGGGAUCUGGUCUGGGAGGGCCCAUCCAUCCCCGCAAAUGAACGAGGGACCAGGCAAACUCUCUGGCUAUCUAAAUGAGAGGGAAUGUUGAUCAGGGAACACCGCUCAGUCCGAUCAGAGGAGCAGGAACCGGAGCCCACACUGAGUCCCUAAACUGUCGGGUCCAGACUUUGGCUCAGGGACGAUUGGAAGUGGGAGAUGGAGAUGCCAGAGGAAUCCACCAAUAGUGGGCAUUCGUUACCCCCGGUUUAUAUUUAUAGUCCCGAGUAUGUCAGCAUUUGCGACUCCCUCACCAAGGCCAGUAUGGUACACUCUCUGAUCGAAGCAUAUGCCCUGCAUAAACAAAUGAGGAUUGUGAAGCCUAAAGUGGCCUCCAUGGAGGAGAUGGCCUCCUUCCACACUGAUGGCUAUCUGCAACAUCUCCAGAAGGUCAGCCAAGAAGGUGAUGAGGACCAUCCUGACUCCAUAGAAUAUGGACUAGGUUAUGACUGCCCAGCCACAGAAGGGAUAUUUGACUAUGCAGCAGCUAUAGCAGGAGCUACAAUCACCGCUGCCCAGUGUCUGAUUGACGGGAAGUGUAAAAUAGCCAUUAACUGGUCUGGAGGGUGGCAUCACGCAAAGAAAGACGAAGCAUCUGGUUUUUGUUAUCUCAAUGAUGCUGUCCUGGGAAUAUUAAGAUUGCGACGGAAAUUUGACCGUAUUCUCUAUGUGGAUUUGGAUCUGCACCAUGGAGAUGGUGUUCAAGAUGCCUUCAGUUUUACAUCCAAAGUUAUGACUGUGUCCCUGCACAAAUUCUCCCCAGGAUUUUUUCCAGGAACAGGUGACAUGUCUGAUGUUGGCCUGGGAAAGGGACGGUACUACAGUGUCAAUGUGCCCAUUCAGGAUGGCAUACAGGAUGAGAAGUACUAUCACAUCUGUGAAAGGCUCCAACACCUCCCCCAGAUUAAGACCUGCUGAAGUUUCUGUGCCUGCUUCUCCUCCUCAUUUGCAUAGCCCCCUCUGAAAAACCAGACUGAAGACUGAGGGCUCAGGUUUCUCAUCAAGAAAACUGCAUUUGAAAUGAAUGUCUUGUGUGUUUAUAAGGAAGUUACUAAUGUAGUGUAAUGAGAUGCCUGUCUCCCCCUCCUUUCUGGGGAAGAGAUUUUAUACUUUCAUAAGAACCUAAAAUUAAUGAUUUACAGUGUAGGAAGUAGCACUGUUACAGCCUUUGGGAAAGGUUUCCCAAAAGCUAUCUGGGGUGGCAUUUCAUUCACUUAUUCAUUUAAUGACUAUUUAUUGAAUGCCUACUAUGUCUAAAGUAUUGAUUCUGUGUUCAAGGAAGUUAGGGGAAAUUUUAAAAUGUUAGAUAGAGAUUGAUUUUCAUAUUCACACACAUUUGAAUAAAAUAAAACAUAGAAAGUUGCAAGAACCAUAAAAUUUAGGAUGCCGUGGGCAUUCAGAUGAAAUAAAUCCUUCAGAAAAGAGCUUAAUUAAGGAGGUAACAUUUGAUCUGGGUUCUAAAGGGUCCCUAAUUACUCUGUCUUUACAAAGUGCGCAAAUGUGUAUGCAUAUUUAUAAAAUCUGGGUCAAGUUUGAAUAUACAGAAAUUGCAAGAAAGGAUGUUCUGUAGAGAGGGAGCAGUAAGAUUAGAGUGGGAAGAAGCAGAGUCGUGUAUGGAGAAUAGCAGUGGUUUACUUUGCCUGGACUGUAAAGUGAAUAAGAGACAGACAUUACAAAGACUGGGAAAGAGGGUAGGAACUGCAGUGUGGAGGAGCUCAAAUUCAUAGCGACAAAAAUUUGUGCCAUAUUCUUGUAAGCAUUAGGCAAACUAGUGAAGGUAUUAAAAUGAGGAAAUAAUAAAAUCAGAGUUUACUUGAGAAAAUUAGUACUCAAAAAUAAUAUUCUGAAGUGGCACUCCUGUGUGAAACAAAGUGGGUGACAUAGCUGGCAGUCAUGGAAGCAGGUAGAUUGUAAUAAUUUAGAGGUUCCACUGUGGUGCCAGGCUGGAGCUCUGCCACUUGACAGAUGUAUGAUACUGUAUGGACCCCUAAACUUUCCUGUGCUGCAGUUUCCCCAUCUAGAAAAUUAGUUUCAUGCCACACCUGUCUUAUAAUCGUUAUGAGGAUUAAAUGUGUUAAACAUA